AUUUAUUAUAAAUAUAAAUGUUGUUGGGUUUAUAAUAGAGUAUAGUCUUUUUACAUAUAAACUGUUUUGGCAUUUCGCGCAUGCAUUUCACCACAUGUACCACGUGACCUCCAUGGCUCCAUCACUUCUACUCUUUCCAUUCCUAUUAAAAAAAUUAGGGUCAGAUAGAGAAUGGUCUAGUUCAGCAUCACAGUUUGUAUCUGCAGGGAACGCACUUGUUAAAAUUUGAUUGAGAAAGUGACCCAAAUAUACUACUAGUUUGGAAAAAGAAGAACGUAAUGAUUCACGUCAUCACGUGAUGGUAAAAUCGUAUGGAUGUACGUAGUUAAAACAGAUUAAGAUUCAAUAAUAAAUUUUGCUCGUGUAAAGUCACCAUUUAUAACAUGUAUCUUCGUCGUCUAACUUUAUAAAAAAAUUGAUAUACAUAAUAUUUCAAAAAGUAAUUUAAUAUAUCAAUACAUUUAUAAUAUAAUAUCAUAUAAACAUAAAUAUGAACUUAAAGAUAUAACGUUCGUGGAUGCCAAAAAAAGAAGCCAAAAUAGUUUCCAAUUCCGUCCGAUCUCGGGCGGUGCAAGUCUUUACUUAUAAGAAAAAUUAGGUUAACAUGUAGCCCUACAAAAUAAAAGCGGCAAGAGACAAGAGACAAGAGGUACCGUCACGUUAAAUUCAACACACGUAUCCGUACAUAAACGUGGUUAACUAAUCGACCACUAAAAGCGCUUAUUGACUAUUUUUUAUCUUGCUGACUUUUAUCUUUUAAAUUAUGUUCACAUCUUUGACAAAAAAAAAAAAUUAGGUUCACAUCAAUAAGAUUUUUUGUAUAGAUGUUCCGGUUUUUAUCUUUGAAAGAAUUAUGAUGGUGACACAAAAAUACACAUGUAUUGAUCUGGCAGAUAGAAUAUAUCAACAACCAAUGACUUUUUCUUAACGAACAGUUUAACGAAAACAGAUUUAUAUUGACUUUUCCUUAUUUAUACUGGUGAAAUCAAAAGCAUCUUAUUCGAAUCUUAAAAAGUCGAUAAAAAAGAAUUCAUAUCACAAUUAGCAGAUUAAACCCUAAUUUUGACGAGAACAGUUUUAAUAAUUUUAAUAAAUGUUAAAUUAUCUUUGUUAAUUUUAAAAGAUAUACAAUUAUACAAAUGCACAUGUCCCACAAAUAAAUAUCAUGUCUAGAUAUUUUUCAAAAAGAUAUGCUCCUGAUUGCUGUGGGGGCUAUUUAGAUCGCAAGGGAUUUCACAUCUUUACAAGUUACAACCAUUAAAGGAAUCUAAGGAAACAAACAAUUUUGUUGUAAUCGAUUUAAUAUGACAUUGACAGAAUAUUACUGCCCAAAAGAGACAACCAAAAAAAAUUUGAUUAGCGCGGGGUAUUUCGAUUUAUGGAAAAGCACAUACCAAUUUUCAAAAAGAUGUGUAGUUUAUGAAUAGACUUUUUAAAAAUAUUUAAAUAAGAACUAAAAUAUAAUCUUGUAUAUGUUCAAUGUCAUAAGCUUAUUUCGAAUUCGAAAAAUUAUGUUUUUCUAAAUUCAUCUAUCACUAGACCACUUAUGUGUGGUUGACAACCGAAGUUGGUGUCAACUUGAAAAAAAAUCAUUGAAGAUGCAAUACGCAUACAUAAAAUCAAAGGUUUGCUAAGUCCAGAGUAGGUACAUUCCGUUUGCGAUCACCAAUCAUCCACCAAUAUCUUUCAUGAUUUAACUAGUACAUGAUGAAAGAUAACUAUAUCAGUCUGAAUAUUAACCUAACAACAAAAGAAAGCAUAUUAUAUGAAAUUUAUUUGCUCCAAAUAUUUGUUUCUUAAUAUACUUCUAAGAUUUUGUUUUAAUUAGUUUUUUUUUUAUAAAAGGUUUUCUUAUUAAAUACUUUUGGGUUUUUUUAAACAUAGGUGCAAAAAAUAAAAUAAAAACAUAAAGACACAAAGAAAAAAAAUUCAAAGUAUUUUCCAAGUUUAGGUAGUGAUUUACUCCAAAUUAUAUUUUAUCACAUUAUUUUAAAUUUAUUAGUUAAUAAAUAACGUUUGUUAUGAACUGUAAUCUAGCUAUUAGUUUAUGCUAGUUAAACCAUCUGGUGUAAUCAACGUUCUAAAUAGUAAAAUACUAACAAUAUAAUGAAAAUUAUAAUUAAAAUAUCGUUAGUAUUUUAUGUACGUAUAACAUAAUUUUGAAUGAUAAAAUAUAACAUAUUAUAUUUCAGAUUUAAUAUACAUUAAUAUUCUUAAUAAAUAUUUUUAAAAUAUUAGAUUAUGCUACCUAUAAGUACAUAUUUUAUUUUAUAAAUCAAUAUAUAUAUAUAAUAGUAUAGAUAUGUAUAAUAGUAUACCUUUGGUUGGCCAAAAACUUAUCUGUCAUGUUGCAUUGGGCUACUCAUUACUCUGGGCGACGUUAUUUGUCACGUAUGGAGUCUAAUUAUUUCGUGAAUCGAUCUACCAUACAGUGGUCGAGAUAGUACAAGAACUAACGCAUCAUUUCUGCGGUUACGCCGACACUAAGUAUUUUGGUUUACCAUUUUAUAUACGUUAUCUAUGUAUGAAUUCCCCGCAUUUAGCCAUAAAAGACACAUUCACAUAACAUCUUCAAUGUGAAAACCAGUAAACAACCUAAGAAAAAUUAACAAAAGAAAAACACAACUUUCACAUUUUUUAUUUAGCCUAGCUAAUAACUUGUCACUUUCUUCUAUCCACGUAAUUGGCAGUACGUGUUUCAUUGAAGAUUCAUCAUCUAUAUAAGACCAACGAAUGCAUUGUUCAAGGCACAACAGCAUGAGCUUGUUUUGGAUUGUAGGAUUGUGGGUUAUAGCCUUAGUGGUAGCGAGGAUUAGCCAUUGGUGGUACCAAUGAUCAAACCCCAAGUCUAAUGGCAAGUUACCUCCGGGAUCAAUGGGAUUCCCUAUCAUCGGAGAGACGUUUGGUUACUUUAAGCCUCAUGGAUUCUACGAGUUAUCCCCAAUUCUCAAGAAGAAGAUGUUAAGGUACGGUCCUUUGUUUCGGACAAACAUUCUUGGGGUAAAAACCGUGGUCUCGACGGAUAUGGAUGUGAACAUGGAUAUUUUACGGCAUGAGAACAAGUUUUUUAGUUUAAGUUAUCCGGACGGUUUAGUGAAGCCACUGGGAAAAGAUAGCCUGUUCUUCAAGACAGGAAACAUUCACAAGCACAUUAAACAUAUCAGUAUGCGUCUUUUGGGCUCGGAGAAUUUGAAGCAGAAGAUAAUAAAAGAUAUGGACCGCGUGACACAAGAACAUCUUAGUUUAAAAGCUAAUCAAGAAAGAUUCGACGUUAAGGACGCAGUUUCAAGUUUGAUAAUAUCCCACUUAACACCAAAGGUGAUAAGUAAUCUCAAACCAGAGACUCAAUCAAAGCUUAUGAAAAACUUCAACGCCUUCAGUUUUGAUUGGUUUCGGGCAUCCUAUACUCUCUCUGCCUUGAGGGGUCUCUAUAAUACCCUUUGGGCAUGCAGAGAGGGGAUGCAGUUGAUGAAAGAUAUCUAUGCGAGAAGGAAAACGUCAAGAGAGAAGUAUGAUGACUUCCUCGAGACGACGUUAGACGAGUUAGAGAAAGAAGGAAGCUUAGUGAAUGAAGAUGUGAUUGUAAGCCUCAUCUUCACUCUUUGCUGUAUCACUCAAGAUACCACCUCUAAGGCCACUUGCAUGGCUUUGAAAUUCGUAUCUGAAAACCCUAAAGUUCUCGCUGAAUUAAAGAGAGAGCAUGAGGCGAUCCUUGCGAGCAGAGAAGAUAAAGAAGGUGGAGUUACUUGGGAAGAAUACAGACACAAGAUGACUUUCACCAACAUGGUUAUAAAUGAGUCGCUUCGAUUGACAAACUUGGCUCCUAUGAUGUUUAGAAAAGUGGUGAAAGAUGUGGAAAUCAAAGGAUACACGAUUCCAGCCGGCUGGAUAGUGAUGGUUAUACCUUCGGUGGUUCAUCUUGAUCCUGAAAUCUAUGAAAAUCCUUUUGAGUUUAAUCCAUGGAGAUGGGAGGGGAAAGAGUUACGGUCUGGGUCGAAAACAUUCAUGGUGUUUGGAGCUGGAAUAAGACAAUGUGCUGGUUCAGAGUUUGCGAGGCUUCAGAUUUCAAUAUUCCUUCAUCAUCUUGUCACCACUUAUGAUUUCUCCUUGUCCAAAGACUGCGAGGUGGUUCGGGUACCAGGUGCUCUUUUCCCCAAUGGCAUCUAUAUGAACAUCUCCAAGUGUUCCAAAGUGACUUGAUCCAGAGUACACCAUCGUCUAUCUUUCUUUACUUUCUUCCUUGUUUUUCUUUAUUUCUGAAAAUAUUGUAGUAGUGUUCCAAAAAAAUAUAUACAUUUUAGUAAUGUUUAUAUUGUUUAAAUGAUCCUGUUAAGAUCUAUAUGUGUAAGCAAGUGAUUGUGUUUAGGACAUCUGUAAGAGUAUGUGGCUGAUUUUAAGAAAUGUUUGGAUAAUAAGUGCUACUUAAAUUGUACUUGUUAAGUGUUAAAUAUAAAUACCAAGUUUAUA